GGACCAGAACAGCUCAAAUGGAUGCCUGCUGCCAGAGCUGUUAUCUAUAAUCGCUCUGCGUCCAUUGAUCAAUUGUUCGGUCAUCAGUACCUCAAGAUGGCCGCGAAGAAAAACUUCAAAACCAAGAUUCCCUUCCAACCUGUGCCCGAGAAGCGGGGGUACGAAUUCUGUGGCCCACCCGGUGCCUUUGGAAUUGUGUUCGGACUUCCUCUUCUUGUUUACACCUUCACCUUCCUGUGCAACGAUGUCUCCGGCUGUCCCGCGCCCUCUCUGCUCCACCCGUCGACCUUGUCCCUUGAACAGUUGAAGGAGGAAGUGGGAUGGCCAAAGGGAGGCUUGGCAGACCUCUACAGCACGGAAGUGACCUUGUGGGUGCUCAGCUACUACUUGCUUAGUCUGGUACUCUAUGUUUUGCUUCCCGGUCAGGAGGCUGAAGGUACCGAGUUGGCAUGUGGAGGCCGGCUGCGUUACAAGUUCAAUGCAUUCCCGACAGCGGUCUUGAUCCUCUCCGGCCUCGCGACAGGUACCUACAUCUACGGCUCCGACUUCGUCGUUUGGACUUUCCUCUGGAACAACUAUGUGCAGGUCCUCACCGCAAACCUACUGAUCUCGACAGCGAUCGCCGUCUUCGUCUACGCGGAGAGCUUCACCGUCCCGGCUCCUGGCCAACCCAACCCGGAGCUGCGUCAACUAGCCCCUGGCGGUCAUACCGGGAAUGUCUUGUAUGACUUCUUCAUUGGCAGAGAGCUCAACCCUCGUGUGCAGUUGCCCAUUCCAUUCGUCAGCGAGGCCUCGCGUACUAUUGACAUCAAGUCUUGGUGUGAGAUGCGUCCGGGCCUGUUGGGAUGGAUCAUUCUAAACCUGUCCAACAUUGCUCGCCAGCACCGAACCUACGGAUACGUUACCGACUCGAUCAUCCUGUCGACGUUCUUCCAGGCAUUCUACGUUCUCGACGGCCUGUACAUGGAGCCCGCGAUCCUGACCACGAUGGACAUCAUCAUGGACGGCUUCGGCUUUAUGCUCUCGUUCGGGGACAUGGUUUGGGUCCCAUUUAUCUACAACUUCCAGACCCGGUAUCUGGCGGUCUUCCCGCUGGAGCUGGGAUUGCAGGGGAUUUUGGCUGUGCUCGCCGUCACCGCCGCAGGCUACUCGAUCUUCCGGGGCGCCAACAACCAGAAGAACCGAUUCCGCACCGACCCCAGUGAUCCCCGUGUCAAGCACCUCAAGUUCAUCCAGACUUCGAGCGGCUCAAAGCUGAUCACUUCUGGGUGGUGGGGCUGUGCCCGUCACAUCAAUUAUCUGGGUGACUGGUUCUUGUCGUGGUCGUACUGCCUGCCCACUGGCAUUGCGGGGUACGUGGUUAUCCACGGAGUCAACCCGGCCACGGGCGACCUGCAGAAGCAAGUAAUGCAGACCCCGGAGGUACGUGGCUGGGGCAUGGUCUUCACCUACUUCUUCAUGCUCUACUUUGGUGUUUUGUUGAUCCACCGCGAGCGUCGCGACGAGGAGAAGUGCAAGAAGAAGUACGGUGCCGACUGGGACCGCUACACAUCUCUGGUCCGUAGCCGCAUUGUUCCGGGAAUCUACUAAGUUAGGUCAGCCAUAGACUGUGAUACUAGUUGAGGAGGAAGGCACCAUAAAAGGCGAAAGGCAGGCAAGGAAAAAAAAAAGCUUGGCUUCUGGGAUUGGGGUUUGUGUCGUGUUUUGUACACUAUUACUUCUAUGGUUAUUGUAAUAUACUCUAUUGAUUC